CGAACAAAAAAAAAAGAAGCAAGAAGGAAAAAAGAAAAAAAGAAAAAAGCUUUACAGCUGAUCAGCUUGUCAGUCUGGGAUGGACGAUGAGAUGACACCAGUGUUCUCAUCUGCUCUCCGCCAUGGCCAUGGCAGAGGGCGGAAGCGGAGGCGGGAUGGCCGCAAAUAAGGUCAAGGUUACAAGCCCUCGACAAGGUUUCCGUUUUGACUCAAAAGGCGUGGGAUGUAUGACCGAGGGCGAUGACUCCGUCCGCUCCAUGGGAUGACUCAUGAGCAGCACCGACAAAAACAACAACAACAACAAUCUCCCCCCUCGCCUCCUCACUCCUCACUCCUCACUCCCCUCUUUCUUUUUUUAUUUUUCUUUUUUUAUUUUCGCCACCAAAAGAUCACCCCACGCCUGCGCGAAUCCUCAUUCGAAUCAACCAAGGAUCAGCAUCACCCUUUUCAUCCAAAGCACACCAGAUCCCUCUCUUCACUCUUCUCCCUCGGACCCUACCGUGCUCCUGACAUUCCCCAUACUCCCGCCAACCCCGUCGACGCCGCUGAAAUGAUUGUCGACAUCCUCCCCUUUCGGCUGCAGCUUGCCUCGCUCGGAAAGACGGACAUCCCGCGAUGCACACACCAGCUCAUGAAAUUGGUCCUCUUCCCCAAAGGGCCCCGGCACUUUUUCUCAUACACAGAAACGGACAAGGAAGUGUCGCUUAUCCUCGAUGAAUCACAUAUCGGCGGCUUCCCCAAGGGCGCAUUGAACGUCUGCAACGUUGUCUGGAGAGCCGUACAGAUUGAACCAGGAGAGUCGGGCUUGGGGGCGGAGGAUGUGGUUUCUCAGGUGUCGAGACCCUUAGCGGACAUCAAUGUCUCGAUCAUGCAAAUUUCAACAUACGAUGCCGACUUCACAUUAAUGCCCGAGUGCGAUCUCCAGAGAGCAUUGGAGUGUCUGUCCAGCAAGUUCUCCAUCACCAACAACCCAUUGGAGGACCUGGGCUUGCAGGUGAGCGAUCUAAAGUCAUGGGAAGCUUCAUAUCCAACGAGUCCAAAGGCUAUCAGCUCAUUGCAGGAUGCACUUCUUCUGGACCCAAGUACUCGCGAGAGGCAGGCCAGUCUGAGCGGAGACAGUGGAAUUGCCAGCAGUGAAUCGAGCAGGCCUAAUAGCGAUUUAGCCGACGCACAGCAGGAUCCGGACCCGUCAGCAAUGGCGACAUUAACUCUCGGUGAUGCCGAACAGAGUGCAGAGGAUUGCAGUCGAACCAAAACGACUCGGCACCCAUUUAAUGCCAAUUACCCUCACCGUUUGCAUAUCACCAGCAUGGAGGAGAGCCAUGUGGACAUGCUUGCUAUCAAGCUGCUCGAGUCCCUCUUUUUCGAUAACAGGAUCGAUCGGUUCUUCUCAUUCACACAAACAGAUACCACACUCAGCAUCAUCAUGGACGACGCUACAAUGAGUUUGUUUCCGGAUCACACACUCAACACACAUGCCGGAGACUGGCGGCUAAUUGCCAUUGGCGACGGACCCCUUGGGUUCAACGAAUGUGGGAUCGUAAGCGAGUUCUCAAGGCCGCUGAGCGAAAACGGAAUCAGCUUAUUCUAUCUGAGCACGUUCAGCUCGGAUUAUAUUAUGGUGAACGACCAGGAUUUUGAACAGGCUGUGGCGCGUCUGCAUUUAACUGCCCAGACAUCCAUCGUGGGCGUAACGAGGCCGGAUGUUACGUUGGCGUACGACGUCAGGGAUGACCGGUCAAUACGUUCUUCAGGAUCUGGGACGGACAACGAGUCGGAUACGGAGUCGGAUGUGGACUCGGCGUCUGAGGUUGACCCGGAGGAUUACGAGGGGGGUGGAAAGGAUGAUGAUGGCCUCGAGAUUGUGUUCGAGGACGACAGCAUACGUAAAUAGGAAGUUGCAUAAACAUGUGUACAAUAAAAUUAUCUUAGC